AUGUCUACAAUAUCAGGAAAAACAAAAUCACCUUCUGAAUCGCCAAUUCUUAACACACCAAGAAUUUCAGCGUCAUCAAUAAAUCCUGCAACUGCUACUCACCCUUCUACACCUCUUCCCUCUAAUCAUCAAAGAUAUAAAGAUCUCUUAAUUUUUGAAGAAAGACUGAAACAAAACUUGCAUCAAUUACAAAGGCGCAGCUAUAAAUAUGAAGGAUCGAUUUGUUUGUCACUUCCUGUUUUAUUAUAUGCCGUUUUUGUAUAUAAAAGCGAUAACCCUACAUUUCAGUUUUUUAGUAAACUAUUACUUUUCGUUGCCAUCAUUACUUUGGCCUUGUUUUUCAUGAAAAAUAUCUAUUCAGAGAAAGUUAGGGUAGCUUCAAGAUUCGUACCACAAUGUAACCGUGUUUUACGCCAAUAUAACAUGCAUUUCAAUGUCAAUGGUGGUGAAAUAGUUUUUUACAAGAAAGUUCCAAAAAAGUUCCAAGAAGGUUUUGAGAGAUAUCGUCAGAUGUAUUAUACAAAGAAGAAUCAGAGGGCAAAAGAAAGAGAAGAAAAAGAAAAAAUGGGAAAAUGA